UUCCCGUCCUGACUCCUUCCUCUGACCGUGGCCCUUUCUCGAGGGCGGAUGUGCGCAGCACAGGCGAAGACUGCAGUGGGCCGGGAGGAUCCCAGCUCGGCCCGGCAGGUCUCCGGCCACAGCCAUGCGACGCCCGGGACGAGGCCUCGGUUGGCCCCCGGGGACCCAGGAGCCCUGGAGACCUAGGAUUAUGGACACCCUCAACAGGAGCCAGGUUGGCCCUGGAUGCAAGACCCAGGCUGUGGUGCAGAAAGGACCCUUGGACCUGAUUGAGACUGGCAAAGGGCUGAAAGUACAGACAGACAAACCCCAUCUGGUGAGCUUGGGCAGUGGGAGACUUAGCACUGCAAUCACCCUCCUGCCGCUGGAGGAAGGGAGGACAGUGAUUGGCUCCGCAGCCAGGGAUAUCUCACUGCAGGGCCCGGGCCUGGCCCCAGAGCACUGCUACAUUGAGAAUCUACGAGGGACCCUCACUCUCUACCCCUGUGGCAAUGUCUGCACUAUUGAUGGGCUUCCUGUCCGGCAGCCUACCCGGCUCACUCAGGGCUGUAUGUUGUGCCUGGGUCAGUCUAGCUUCCUCCGCUUUAACCACCCAGCUGAAGCCAAGUGGAUGAAGAGCAUGAUUCCAGCAGGGGGCCGGGCCCCUGGGCCCCCCUACAGCCCUAGCUCUGCUGAAUCAGAAAGCUUGAUGAAUGGCAACCACACUCCACAGCCUGCAACCCGGGGACCUUCAGCCUGUGCCAGCCACAGUUCCCUGGUGAGCUCUAUUGAGAAGGACCUUCAGGAAAUCAUGGAUUCACUGGUGCUAGAGGAGCCUGGAGCUGCUGGCAAGAAGCCUGCAGCAACUUCCCCACUGUCACCAAUGGCUAACGGUGGGCGCUACCUGCUGUCCCCCCCAACCAGCCCUGGUGCCAUGUCUGUGGGCUCCAGCUAUGAGAACACCUCUCCAGCCUUCUCUCCACUCUCUUCACCAGCCAGCAGUGGAAGCUGUGCCAGCCAUUCCCCCAGUGGGCAGGAGCCAGGACCUUCUGUGCCCCCGCUGGUGCCUGCCCGUUCCUCCAGUUACCAUUUGGCCCUGCAGCCCCCACAACCCCGCCCAAGUGGUGCCCGCUCCUCUGAGAGUCCCCGGCUGGGCAGGAAAGGGGGUCAUGAGAGGCCUCCUAGCCCUGGUCUCCGGGGUCUGCUGACUGACAGCCCUGCAGCCACAGUCUUGGCAGAGGCCCGCAGAGCCACUGAAAGUCCCCGGCAUGGUGGGCAGCUGCCUGUGGUGGCGAUCAGCCUAAGUGAAUACUCAGCUUCUGGUGCCCCUGGCCAACCUGCCAGCAUUCCUGGCAGCCCCAAGUUCCAGUCUCCAGUCCCUGCUCCCCGCAACAAAAUUGGCACACUCCAGGACCGUCCUCCUAGCCCUUUCCGUGAACCUCCAGGCACUGAGCGCAUGUUGACAACCAGCCCCUCUCGCCAGCUGGUGGGCCGAACAUUUUCAGAUGGGUCAGCCACCCGCACCCUACAGCCUCCUGAGAGUCCCCGCCUGGGCCGGCGGGGCCUGGACAGCAUGCGGGAACUCCCUCCCUUGAGCCCAUCUCUGUCUCGACGUGCUCUCUCUCCACUCCCUGCCCGGACCACCCCAGAUCCCAAGCUAACCAGGGAAGUGGCAGAGAGUCCACGGCCCCGGCGCUGGGCGGCCCAUGGGGCUUCUGUAGAGGACUUCUCCCUGACUCUGGGGGCGCGGGGCCGCAGGACCCGGAGCCCCUCGCCCACACUGGGGGAGUCCCUGGCACCCCGCAAGGGCAGCUUCAGUGGCAGGCUGAGCCCAGCCUACAGUCUGGGCUCUCUUACUGGAGCUUCCCCUCGUCAGAGCCCCCGUGCCCAGAGGAAGCUCUCCAGUGGGGACUUGCGGGUACCUGUCACACGGGAACGGAAAAAUAGCAUCACAGAGAUCAGUGACAAUGAGGAUGACCUCCUGGAGUACCACCGGCGACAGCGCCAAGAGCGGCUCCGGGAGCAGGAGAUGGAGAGGCUGGAACGCCAGCGCUUAGAGACUAUCCUGAACCUGUGUGCCGAGUAUAGCCGGGCUGAUGGGGGAACUGAGGCCGGGGAGCUGCCCAGCAUCAGAGAGGCCACUGCGGCAUUGGCGCUGGCAGGCCGGAGGCCCUCACGUGGCCUGGCAGGGGCCACUGUGGCCUCUGGGCGGGGUGAGGAGCCUGGAGGUGCUGCCCAACGCCUGUGGGAGAGUGUGGAGCGUUCAGAUGAGGAAAAUCUCAAGGAAGAGUGCAGCAGCACAGAAAGCACCCAGCAGGAGCACGAAGAUGUCCCUAGCACCAAGCUCCAGGGAGAGGUGCUGGCCCUGGAAGAGGAGCGGGCUCAGGUUCUGGGUCGUGUGGAACAGCUCAAGGUCCGAGUGAAGGAGCUGGAGCAGCAGCUGCAGGAGGCAGCCCGAGAGGCUGAGAUGGAACGGGCACUGCUUCAGGGAGAGAGAGAAGCAGAGUGGACAUUGCUGCAGAAGGAGCAGAAGGCAGUGGACCAGCUACAGGAGAAGCUGGUGGCCUUGGAGACAGGCAUCCAGAAGGAGAGGGACAAGGAGGCAGACGCCCUGGAGACAGAGACAAAGCUCUUUGAGGACUUGGAGUUCCAGCAGCUGGAGCGGGAGAGCCGCGUGGAGGAGGAACGCGAGCUGGCCGGCCAGGGGCUGCUGCGGAGCAAGGCAGAGCUGCUGCGCAGCGUGGUCAAGAGGAAGGAGCGCCUGGCCAUUCUGGACAGUCAGGCUGGGCAGAUCCGGGCUCGCGUGCAGGAGUCAGAACGCCUAGCACGAGAUAAGAAUGCCACUCUGCAGCUACUGCAGAAGGAGAAGGAGAAACUGACCGUGCUGGAAAGGAAAUACCACUCACUCACGGGGGGCAGGCCUUUCCCAAAGACCACCUCGACCCUCAAAGAGGCUCAGCUGUUCAUCUCCGAGUCCUCAGAUAUGGGACUAGGGACCAAGGUUCUGAGUCGGUUCCCAGGGUCUUCUCAGGCUGGGGGCUCCUCUGUCCCCUUAACCCCACCCACUUCUACUCUACUCUGCCCCAAAGCACAAGAGUACGUGACGCUUGAGCAGCUAAAGGUGAUGUGGGGGACCUCACCCAUGCCCCCAGCCCCUGCGCCAGGCCUGCCUCCCUGGGCCUCUGCCUCCCGGGACCUCGUUCCCACCACCUGCCUUCCUCCUGUGCUGCCCUCCUCCUCCUUGGCUUCCAUCACGCCUUCACCCAAGAUGGAGAAGCUGCUGCUCCCUACUGUAGACUUAGAGCAGUGGUACCAGGAGCUGAUGGCCGGGCUGGGGACUGGCCCUGUUGCAGUCUCCCCUCGCUCUUCCCCCCCGCCUCUGCCUGCCAAAGCUUCCCGUCAGCUGCAGGUUUAUCGCUCCAAGAUGGAUGGUGAGGCCACCAGCCCUCUGCCCCGGACCCGAAGCGGCCCCUUGCCCUCUUCCUCAGGCUCCUCUUCUUCUUCCUCCCAACUCAGCGUGGCUACCCUGGGCCGCAGCCCCUCCCCAAAGAGUGCUGUCCUCGCCCCGAAUGGCACAGGUAGCCUUCCUCGCAAUCUGGCAGCCACGCUGCAGGACAUUGAGACCAAACGCCAGCUGGCCCUGCAGCAAAAGGUCGAGUUGCUUCCUGCCGAGCCCCUCCUACCCGACGACCCAGCAGGGCAGCAAGUGAUUGAGGAGCAGCGGCGGCGGCUGGCCGAGCUAAAGCAGAAAGCAGCGGCUGAGGCGCAGUGCCAGUGGGACGCCCUGCACGGGGCAGCGCCCUUCCCAUCAGGCCCCUCGGGCUUCCCCCCACUCAUGCACCACUCCAUCCUGCAUCACCUGCCAGCCGGGCGGGAGCGUGGGGAGGAGGGCGAGCAUGCUUAUGACACGUUGAGCCUAGAGAGCUCGGACAGCCUGGAGACCAGCAUCUCCACAGGGGGCAACUCAGCCUGCUCCCCUGACAACAUGUCCAGUGCCAGUGGUCUGGACUUGGGCAAGAUCGAGGAGAUGGAGAAGAUGCUGAAAGAAGCUCACGCAGAGAAGAGCCGGCUCAUGGAGUCCAGGGAGCGGGAGAUGGAGCUACGGCGGCAGGCCCUGGAGGAGGAACGGCGGAGGCGGGAGCAGGUAGAACGGAGGCUGCAGAGUGAGAGUGCCCGCAGACAGCAGCUGGUGGAGAAGGAGGUCAAGAUGCGGGAGAAACAGUUUUCCCAGGUGAAUGGGUAGUGGGUAUAGUGGUGUGGUUGGUUUGAUGGCGAGU